GUCGCGAACGCGCGUCUUCGAUCGAUCACUCGCCAUAAUUUUCCGAAUCGAUUUAUCGACUUUUCUGAAUGAAAAGUCGAAGUGAAGUGUCUGAUUAAUAUUUUAAAGUGUUUGAGUGCAGUGUUGAAGUAAAUGUAAAAAAGUAGAUUGCAACUUUGACAAGGUUUUGUACGUUUUGUGCAGCUCUACGUUUCGCUGACUAUUUUGUAAACAAGUGUAAAUUAUCUCAUUCAUUCAGGGUGCACGUGUCGGCUUUUUAUUUACAAAAGGCAGCCAGUGAUGCGCUGAAAUGCCCAGCACAGCGAUCUACCAGGACACCAAGUCCUUGACCCCAACGGGUCCCAUCUCUUAUGAAGAGGCAUUGGCUACGGCCGAACCGGGGGAAACGAUAGCUACAACCAAAGAAGAGGAAUGGGUGACCCGUAAAACGAGCGAAGUGACCACUACACGAAAAAUCGCGACACAUGUUAAGCGUGAACUCGUAUUGGAAGAUGGCAGAAUCCUCAAAGACUCCGGGCCAAAGAUAUCCACCUCAGUCAACGAGGAUACGCAUACCACAAACUUUCAACAAACCGAGCACAGAGUACCUGAAGAUCAAGGAGCGGAGACUAAGGCUGAUCCCAUUGAAGGAAAUCACAAGGACGGUGUCUACAUAGAAGAAUUGCAAGAUGCUCCAGACGGAGCGGUCGCCCCAGCAGGUGCCAAAGUGCUGGUAUCAUCAUGCGUGGUCGCGAAUCACGGUGGGAAGGUGCGGGAAAGCCACGAACGACGGGUUCUUACCCGGAACGUCACUGAUAGAGUCCGCGAGACAGAAGAGAGCAUACAUCGAGGGGAUACAACUCAUGAUGCUCUUAUAACAGCAGUUAAUGAGACGAAGGAGGAGGAUAUUCGAAAUGCUCUGAAGGUGCAGACGGACCAACAGCUGGUGCCGCGUGGGCCCAAACUCGUUAAGGACACGGUCGCUUACAAUACUACUGUCACUACAGAUGAUACGGAGCAGUUACGAGCCUUGCGGCCGGACGGUACGAUUGUGACAGAGACGCGGCACACUAAAGAACAAGAACAACUCUGUGACAAGGAACUGUCCAAAGACGAGGCCAAGUCCAUACCCAGCGACGCGAGUCUAGUGGAGGAAACUGGUGGCACAGAACGACGAAAACGGGUGGAUCUAGAAAAGUCCACUGACCUCAUGGCGGGAGGAUUGCGCGUUGCAACUCAAGUACACUCAAGAACUCGAACUGAGGAAGUUGAAAAAGAGGGACAACCAAACAUGGAUGACGAUUGGGAGAGUUUAUCCGUGAGAAUGCGACGACAGCGCCGCCAGAGGCAAAUUGAUCACGAUAAAGAAUACGCGAAGGGACCCAUUAACUUUGACAUUGAAGAGGAAACGCGCAAGAAGGAAACGUCCAAGUGGCUUGAAAAUCACUUUGGCAGUGAAUCCCGUUCUUCUCAUGAUUCAAUUGCUGAGGAAAUAGCACGGCGUCCAGAACCAGGAUAUUACGUUAAGCCUAAAGCCGAUGACGAAGGAUACUACGGCAAAACGUCCUCCUCUGUCCCACCGCCACCGGUCUACGGUGAUCGGGUGCUUCGCAAAACAAAGUCGUCAACACCAUCCGACGAGCGACCCGUUGUAUCGGUAAACAGAACAGGAGGUUAUUUUAAGGGUGUGGCGGAUUGGUCGCAGCGCCGAGUCAGUAAACCAAGAAUGCCUGAGCCUCGAAGUUCAUCCCCAUCGCCACCUGUUGUACGAUCUCCAUACACAAGUAAUGAUCGACUAAAUGAUUCCUCACCGAAGCAUGUAUACAAACGAGAUUCGCCUCAAGGGAGGUCAUCGCCAAUCGGUCGAAGGAAUCCGCCUUCGCGAGACGACUCCGCCUACGUUUCAUCGUCGACAAUGCACAGUCCGCCACGUGGUUCCCCGUUUAGGCCAUUAGAAACUGAUAGAUCAUUCCGAGAGCCGUCCAUCGAAGAUGAUUAUCGUCCCCCGAUAGCUCCAGAGAGAAAGCGUCAUUCAAAGAAAAUAAUGUCCGAGGACCACCGAUACGAUAGUGGGUACAGAAGCUCAUCAAGAAACGACAAUUCGGGUCGUUCUAGAGACAGUCGUGAUGAGGGUGCCGUGGAGCCUCCCCCUGAUUAUUCUCCCCCGAGGGAUCGCAGAGGUAGUGCCGAUAGAGACAGGACUCCACCGCGUCGUCGUGAUCGAGAUGAGAGAAAGCAAAAUCAAAAGACUCGCUUCGCUGAUAACGGCAGGCGUCCCUCACCCGCACGGAAAUCUGUCGGUUCAGCGAUCGGCAACUCAAUUAGGAAGUUAGUUGGGAAGAUUCGGUCUGCGUCAGCUGAACGGAAGAUCCGCCGGCGCAAUUCUCGAACGCCGUCGCCGGAGCACUCGUCGCGCACGUACAAGCAGUACGGUGGCGAGCUGGCGCCCCCCGCCGCUCCCCCGCACCGGUAUUACCUCGGAGAGGACCCUUUUGCGCCCAGCAUCUAUGGCCGUGAGCACAAGUACGAGGGCAGUCCGAGACGAGCCGCUGCUGUUGACAGCCGUGAUCAGCGUGAAAGGGGCCAGUUCUCGAGCACGCUCGGGCGGUUCAGUCACUCCACAAGUAGACUGAAUCCCGGGGAAACAGACGAAGAUUACACGCGAAGCGCGCAAACACUGCCACGAAAACUUCACGAACGUAAAGAGAAGACCACCGAAAAGCCAAGCUCCAGUAAAUACUGGCAGCGACUCACAAAUAACAAACGGUCUACUAGUGCCAUAAAUAUAGCAAACAACGUAUCAACAUCGCCAGAGGGAAAGACAAACGGGUAUCCGCCUGGCCCUGCGAAGCCAGCGCGGACCUACAAAGGUCUCAAUAGGAGCAAGAGUUUUGCUAUGGGAGCACCCGAACAAGAGACACAUCCACGUUACGUUACUGGCAUGAGCAGAAAUUAUUCCACAAUGUACAAAUCAAAUCCACACCUAAGUAGGCUGGAUGAGACUCCAGAACAGCUGAAGAGUCCUGGUAUAGUGUCUAUUAUCAAUCGAAGCCAACGAGAUUUAGCAGAUGCUGUUUCACGAGAGACUGAACGUCGACGUGACGGCUUGUUUGGUGCGCGGUAUGGCAAAACAACGCCUGUAAGUAACGGGCACACAAAUGGAUAUAACAAAUCUUAUGAUGAAACAGAUAAGAAAAAGCUAUUUCUGAAGGGGCUACGCGAAAGAGCGCCUGAGUUAUAUCAAACUUUACACGCAGAUGACGAGUCUGAUGGUAGCAGAUUAUCAUCCCGAUACAACACCCCGUCGCCUCAUUAUAAAGAACGGAUAUCUGAGGAACGUAAAAUACCAUUGUAUAAAACUGAAUCAUUGAAUAGAGAGUCGAGCCCGUUCGUAUCGCGCUUAGAAACAAGAAUAAAAUCACCGGUAAAUCGGCGGGAAAGUAACAGCAGUGACAAUUACUCCGAAACAUAUCGCUACACGACGCGUUCAGCUGACCCAGAGCGACCUACCGUAACAGAUACUGUAGAAACUGUUAGUAAAAAAGUUAUCCCAUCUAGAGACGGAAGGUCUAAGGAAAUUAUCCAAUCAAGGGAAGUGAAUUCAGUGACAAAGAGUCGGGGUUAUAAUGAACCUGUCACAAGUACGAAAUACUAUGAGAAUGGCAUUCGUAGUCCUCAUGGCUACGAAUCUAGAUUAAACGGGUCAGCACCACUGUACGCAGAACGUAGGAGAAGUAAUUAUAAAGUAUCUGAAAAAGUAAGAGAUUAUUGAAUAACGAGCGCGACUUGAUUAUUAUUGCCAUAUUUUCAUUUAACAUUAUUAGUGUCACACAGACUGAAAAGUUGAAAUUUAAUCACACGUUAAGUUAGUUUAUCAUUAACUGCAUUCGUUAACAUUUUAUUGUUAAUUUAAUGUUAGUUGCUUCAUGUAAAAAGUCAUAUAGCUUUACUAAUUUUAUUUCGAUAUUUUUACCCAAUAAGAGAUCUAAUUCCGUCCAGUAAAGAUUUAUUAAA